CGAAGGGUCAAAAUAUUCAAAAAGCCAAGAUCUAACCCACAAAGGCAUCCAGAGAGGGUAAUUCCCAAAAUACGCACUUGAAUCCAUAGCCAAAAUUCUUCAAGAAAUCCAAGAAGAAUCAAGAAAAUCUCUGCUAUAACAAUGGUGCGUAUCAAGAUGGCGUUACCCCAAAGAUGGACUGGUAAGGCAAGGUUGCAAAAGAAGAAAUUACAGAGGCCGUCCUGGACAAAGCUAUUCUCAAGAGGUGAAUCAUCCUCAUCCACUGCUGCACAAACUCAAGCGACUACGAAUUCUUCAGCACUACCUCUUAUCUCAGAUGAUGAUGGGCUGUAUCUUCCAAUUCUGCAACCCUCUGAAGUAUUGCGCUUGGAAUAUACGCCAAUAAAUCCAAAGGAAUCCACAAAAAACCCUAACACAAAAGAGGGAAUCUGUGAAGAAGAAGUUCUGGGAGAAAUUCUUGAAGAAAAAGAACCUAUUGUUGCAUGCUCGACAGUCCCCUUUCAAAAUUCUGCAUGCAAUACAGAGGGAGGAGACACAGAAAGGAGAAACAACACUGGACCCACCCAGUGGUCUCUAAGACAAGCCAGAUCCCUUCAUCACACAGAGAAUUCACCAGAAAAGAAAACAGAAGUUCAAGAGUCAAAGAAAAAGGAGAAGAAGAUGAAGCCUCAAUCUGAGUCCAAGAAGAGAAAAGAGAGUGAGGUUUGCCCCUCACCAAAACCUCCAGUCAAGAGAACAAAAUCCACACCAGAUUUUCCAUCUUCUUCUAGACAAGGACGAGAGACCAGAAGCUCAAAGAAUUCACAACCAAGCUGCACUCCAGGGAAGCAAUCUGUCAAACUCUUUCCCUCUAUUGUUGCAAAAUCUCAUUUUUCUGAUGUUGUGAAAAAAUCCAUUAUACCUCAAAGGAAUCUUGAUGUGUCAGACUUUAGCAAGAAAACAAACCUCCUGCCCACACUUAAAUCAAACAAAUUGCUAAAAUUUGUCACUCUCCCUGGCUCACAUGUGAAGAAAGUCAUUCACGAAUUCUAUUGCAAUUUAUCUGAGUCUUGUGUUACCAAAUAUGAUCCCUCCUACCAUAAAGUCUUUUUUCGUGGAAAGCUCUAUGAUUUUUCUCCCUCAGUCAUAAACUCCUUCCUUGGUACUGACCCAAAUCCAGUAAGCACUCCUAUUGAUGAGGAAACUGUGUGGAGUGAUGAUCUCACCAAUGGACUUAGGGACUAUCAACAUGGAAAAUCCAAAGUACCAUCUUCAGUACUGAAAAUUUCAUAUGCUCUCCUUCUAAGAAUUGCUGCUUUUCACUGGAUGCCAACUACUCACACCAACACUGUUCCAUUGUGCAUAGCCACCCUAAUCUACAGAAUCAAAAAAAAUGUUCCUUUUGAUCUUGGUAGGGUUGUAUUUGAUCAGGUGAUGACAUUUGCAGCAGAAAAAUACAAGAAGAACAAGAAUGGUCUUCCAUACCCACUGUUGGUCUACAGCAUACUGAAGAACCAAGGCUUUGAGAAGAAAGAAAAUGAAGAAGAAGAGAUCAUUCCCGCCUUGCUGCAAGUUGAUGCAAGACACCUUGAAGGAAGCCAUUUCAAUGACAUGGCUGCAGCUGGAGCAUCCUCAGCAGCAACACAAAAUCCAGCCUGAGUAGAUUACCAGCUCAGUUUUCUUGAAAAGAAGAUCAAAUCCCUUCAAAUGGAUGCAGAUUAUCAUACUGAAAUUGCUCAAAGGUCAACUGAAAGGAUAAAUGUGCUCAUUCAGAUUGCACAUACCUUGAGGCAAACAAGGAGUGCACAGAGUAAGGGGGAGAGCCUGGCUAAACACAAGGCAGCUGCUGCACAUUUAGACACAGAGGAAGAUGUACAAGGAGACAGUGCAGAAGAGCCUUCAUCAUCAGAAUCAACAGGGGCCACUCAGGAAUCAACAGAUGGUGCCAGU